AUGCCGGCCAUUAGACACUCCUCAAAAAGAAAGCCGCCGCCAGAGGGCUUCAGCGAUAUCGAGGAUGACCUUCUGAUCUUUGCGAACAAGAUGAAGGAUGCGCAGAACAAGCCUCCUCCUCCCGGCCCGAAGCACAUGGCGCAGUGGGAGAUCUUCCAGAUUGCGCACCAGAGGAGCCGAUACGUAUACGACCUUUAUUACGAGAAGGAAGCCAUCAGCAAGCAGCUAUACGAAUGGCUACUUAAGAAUGGUUAUGCUGAUGCGAUGCUAAUCGCCAAGUGGAAGAAGCAGGGUUACGAGAAGCUCUGUUGCUUACGCUGCGUUCAAACAAAGGAAACAAACUUCAACAGCACCUGCAUUUGUCGAGUACCACGAGCUCAGCUGAAAGAAGAUAGCGAUAUGCAAUGCGUCAGCUGUGGCUGCAGAGGAUGUGCAUCCAGUGAUUAAGAGGAGGUGAUGGCUUUGGAUUCCAUUGUGGCCAUCGGAAUAACGAACCAGAGAUUUGCUACAGGCGUUAGGGCGUCGGGCGUCGAAUUGCGAUCAAAUUGCUCCAUGGACGGGCAGCAAAACAGAAAAGACAUAGAUUGGGUUGAUGUUGAUCUCGAAAGAGGUAGAUAUCCUUCAUUUUAGCUGAGCCAUAUUCUUUCAUAACAUCAUGCUGAUCAUUUUCACAAUUUCCAGUUCAACUCCACGUGACUCCUUUCUAUUAUCUUUUCGAGAAUCCUGGC